AUGACCAACAAAGGCAACUUGGAGAGUUUGGCGCUGAAGUGGUCGUGCUCUGCAUGCCGCCAGUCGAAACGCCGAUGUGAUAAGAUGUACCCCGAGUGUACGCUAUGUACACAGAAAAAUAUUGCCUGUAACUACCCGGGCCGUCGGAAGAGAGGAAAAGCACUUCAUUAUGCCAAGGCAUUAUCGCCCUUAGAGAAACCCACCAUCUCUCAGACUUUAGUUGUUGUGACUGAGAAAGGGAAAGAGAAGCCCUAUCAGGCAUCAUUCAGUUGUUGCAAUUCUAGCUUCAUCGCUGAGCGCUUUCUAGAUCCCGUUGUCUUCUCCCGUGCGCAGUUAUCAGUAGGCAACAUUGAUGUGGCGGUAACAGAUGAAAUCGCUCAGCUGGUUGGGAGCGUAUUAGACAUUCAGGCUGUUUCCGAUAGGUUCUUCAAAUCGGUUCACAUGUGGAUGCCGAUUAUAUCAAAGAUUCGAUUUUCCAGCACCCUGCUGAAUCGAUUAACUUACAAGAAGGCUGAAUUAUACUUACUGGUGCUGUGCAUGAAACUCAGUUUCUCACGCAGGGCAACAUCAAACGCCACUCUAUACGAGACGGUGAAGUUGUUCCAUUUUAAGCUGCAGACAUCUGGGGUGCUAUCUGUCCUAGUUCUGCAGGCCUCCGUCCUCAUUGCACUCUACGAACUGGGACAUGCAAUCUACCCUGCGGCCUUUCUGUCUAUCGGAUCAUGUGCUCGCUACGCAGUAGCGCUGGGGAUUGAUAAAUCUAUUCUCUCUUCAAGUACUGAAAAAAGUCAGUGGAUUGAAGAAGAGGAAUGUCGCAGAAUUUGGUGGGCGAUCUUGGUUCUUGAUAGGUACCUUAACUUAUGUGAUCCUCAACGGCAUUUGAUGACGCAGGACGCGAGCCUAGACAGUUAUUUGCCCGUAAAUGAUGCGGCAUGGGACAAGGGGGAACCUGACCCUGAUCAUUUAUACACUCUGGCAACAGCUAAUAGCUACCACCUGGGACUGUUUGCGCGAUUCGCUCAAGCAGCCCAUCUGCUCAGCCAGGUUCUACGUCAUGUAUCUGAAAAACAUUCGAGCGAAACUUCUCAGUUGCGGCGCACGAUAUUUGCGCUUGUACAAGUUUCCAAUAUUGAAGCAUCAAUGAGAAGGCUAGAGUACUGCAGCCAGUCAGCGGUAUGCUACAGUGGCAUUAUCGCGCUUGACGAUUCGUUCUGUGAUAAACGACCACCGGGCUCCGGCGCACAUCUUUCUAAAGAAAGCUCCCUUAUUUCACAAGCAACUCUUCACAUGGUCUCAAUCUUCAAAACGGACGUUGCAGAGGAAGUCUGUGACGUCGCCAGCCCUUUUCUCGUGCAUUUAGUGUACAAAGUGGCCUUAAUGCACCUGAGAAUCGCUCACGAGUCUCCAACAGCUGCUGCUUUGGAAGAGCUUCAGCUUUUAAAGCACACAUUAAAGGUUGUUGGAGGUCGAUGGCAUUGCGCCCACGCCUAUCUGUCGCUAUUGGAGAAGCAAGAAAUUCUUUUAGUUGUGCAGUAG